UCAGAGCCUGUCGUAAACACUUUCGACUUUUCGGAGCUAAUACGCUGAUUAGAACUUCUGGUGUUUCAGCAUCGAUAUAUUUUAAUAAUUUUUAAGUAACAAUUUUUUCUCUUGCCUCAAUUAAAAUUCAUUAGAUUACUGCCAAAUAAUAGCAGUUUUGCAGCAUAAGUGUAUCCACUAUUGAAAAGCCACAAUCACUUUUUACUUUGGCGAAGAUUUCCAUUGUAUCAGAGCCAUGCCACGAGGAGCGUUUAUCGUUUUGGAGGGACCGGAUCGAGCGGGAAAGUCGACGCAGGUAAAAAAGCUCUUCCAGGCACUGCAGCAACACUCCAAGCCCGUUGAGACUCUCGCCUUUCCGAACAGAGACACCACCUGCGGACAGAUAAUUGAUAAAUAUCUGCAAAAAAAAAUAGAACUACCAAUCGAGGCCGCGCAUUUAUUGUUUUCUGUCAAUCGAUGGGAGUUCAAGGAUAAGAUCUACGAGAUCCUCAACAAAGGCACGAAUCUCGUUGUCGACAGGUACACGGCCUCGGGGGCGGCUUACAACGCAGCGACGACGGGCCGGCCGCUGGAGCAGUGCCAGGUGCCGGACAGGGGUCUGCCGAAGCCCGACCUGGUGGUCUUCCUCAAAGUGACCGAGGAGGCGCAGUCGGCGCGCGCCGAUUGGGGCGCCGAGCGCUUUGAGCGGGCCGAAACGCAGCGCAAGGUCAAACAAAACUUCCUCAAACUCGAGGAGUCCGAGACAUGCGCCGACACCUGGAUCAGCGUCGAUGGCUGCUGCGACCCCGAGGAGGUCCACGCGAGCGUCCUGAAGGCGGUGGAGACGGUCCUCCGUGACCUCAAUGACAAGCCGAUCGGCGAAUUGUAGUUUUUUCGAAUUUUUUUCUAAGUAUAUCAUUCGGAAUCUCUUUCGUCCGACAGAUCUAUAGUUCACGACAUAAGUAUAUACAAGAGUUACAAUUAUUAUACGAGUAGGUAAUUUAUGCUUUGGAGCACCGACAAAUGUACAAUUUUUUCAUUAUAUUUUUCAACCAUAACAUUGAUUUGAAACUAUAUUGUAUUUUUAGCAUUUUUUCACGCCCUAUACAGUGUACAAACGAAACUGUAUAUCAUAUAUAAUUAUUAUAAUUACACCUACAGGUUGUAUGUGAUUCAAUCAUGACGAAAUACAC